GGGUGGAAGAUCUUCUGAGCGGCCCUUGAAAGCAGCAUUCCAGAGACACACACACAUCACUCACGCGCACGACGGUUUUUGAAGAUUACCAGGCAACCGCGCUGACAAAAACGGCAGCAUGAGCUGACGACUUGAUCAACUGGACUGUCUGGCUUUUAUAAAUCUCCCUCCUAAUGAUGAGUAUAAAACUCUGUGUAACCUGGGAGCUGACAGGCAGCCUGUUGCGCAGCUCUAAGGUCAGCUGCUAGCUACUCACCGACCACAGAUGAGAGCGUGUGUUGAAUCAUGCGUGGUGACAGCAGCGCUGAACCACCAUGGUAGGUAGCUACAAUAUACGACCAGAUACAGCGUGACAUUGCCCAGAAAUGAAUGGACCGAGUCCACACGUUGUAACUUGGAUUAUCUGAAGAAGGUUGAGCUGGGGAAGAUUUCGGAGAUUUGCGUUCCCCCUCAGCGUGUCUCCUACAGCCGAAGCCACUUUCUCCAUCGUCUGAUUGAGUCCUGAUUUUCGCUUUUCCCCACCAAGUUUUUUUUCCCCCAAGAUUCCUCGACGAUUGGUAGAUAUAAAUGAUGAAGUUUAAGCCCAACCAGACCAGGACGUACGACGGCGAAGGGUUCAAAAGAAGAGCGGCUUGUUUGUGUUUCAGAAAUGAGAAAGAGGACGAGGUGAUACUGGUGAGCAGCAGUCGACAUCCAGACCAGUGGAUUGUGCCAGGAGGAGGAAUGGAGCCUGAGGAGGAGCCCUGUGGAGCUGCAGUCAGGGAGGUGUAUGAAGAGGCUGGUGUGAAGGGAAAGCUCGGCAGACUACUUGGGAUAUUUGAGCACAAUCAGGACAGGAAGCACAGGACAUACGUCUAUACCCUCAUAGUAACGGAGACUCUUGAAGACUGGGAGGACUCUGUCAACAUUGGGAGGAAGAGGAAGUGGUUCAAAGUUGACGAAGCCAUCAGGGUCCUGCAGAGUCACAAGCCUGUCCAUGCAGAGUACCUGCGCAAACUCACAGACACCUGCAACCCCACCUGCAGUCCCACGUGUAGCCCGACCAAUGGCAACACACCGAGCUCCCAAAUGAUGGACAACAACACACCACAAUACGUUGUUUGCUCCACACAGGGCUCUGACUUAGUCAACAGAUAGGGUCAUCACCAGCAGCAGACAUUCUUCUAAGAGGACGAAAGGAUGGACCUAUCAUCUGAGAAAGACUGAAUAGAUUAGAUUUUUAAUGCAGCCUCCUAAUAUGUACAGAAUGGACUUUCUUGGAGUUGAUUUGACACCGAUUUCGAGUGGGCUUGAAAAGUGCCAAAAUGUUUUCCUAAUAUAUUUUAAGAUUUUAUAUGGAUAUUUUUUAACAACCAUCGCCAGCUGACAGAGCAAAUGUGUUCCUGUAAAGCAUUCAGCUACUUUUUUUUUCCAGAUUUUCUUAGUGUGUUGCUUAUGCAAUGUAAAGGUCCAUUUUAGUCCUGCAGAAUAUUUAACUAGCAGUGCACCAAGUGUUUGGAUGGUUUCCUGAAGGCCAGUACUGGGAAAUGUUAGCUCUUAGAGGAAGUCGUAUCCCCCACAGUGACUCAGUGCCAAAUAAUGCCCUUUACAAGCUGUUUUGAAUAGGACUAGCUACAUGUGUGCUAAUAUUUUAUUACAAGUAAUUUUUUUGUGAAUUGUGAUGACACUUUUUGGGAGUAAAACUAAAGUGAUUUCCCUGGAGCUCAUGUCUUGUGAGCUAUUUCACCUGAAGAGAACCGAGGGCAAAGUCUGCUUUGACACAAGAGUGAACAACAUUGUUCCUCCUGUAAUUAUUGCCUUUAAGGUUUACACAGUAUCAUCUCAAAUCACUAGUAACACUGUAAUAAAGGUGAGGUGAAUAGAAACUUAAAUAGUCUUUCCUCAAACAUCCCUUUAUUUGUACAUAUAUUUAAGUUGUCAGGGUCAGCAAAUGAUGGUAUAUUGGCGCAGUUAGAUAAAUAUCAGCUUUUGUGUAGAGGAACAGAGCUGCAUUUAAAAAUAAUUUGCAAAUGUGCCAAAAAAAGACUAUAUUUAACUCUAAGAACACAGAUGGUGUUGUUCAAGAAAUUACAAUGUGUUUUAGUUUGAUUCUUAUAAGUGCCUUUGUAAACAUAAUCGUAAAUUGAGUUUUGCUUUGUUUUGUUUUUUCUAGACACUGUGCACCUAAAAGCACUGACUGGGAGCAGUACAAUCUGUCUUACAGACACCAGCCCCUCAGCCUUUAUAGUUGAACAACAGGAUGCUGAAGGAAACCUAGAAUAGUUGUUACCACUGAAUGUACAUUAUGUAGUAUGUUUUAACUGAAUUUAUUAUUUAUGUUUCAUUGGGCAAUACCCAUGAUGUACAGGAAACUAUGACAGGAAGUCAUGUUCAGUGUGUAGGUCAGAUAGUCUGUCACCACGCUUGAAAAUAAGAGCAAAAUUAUGUGAUAAAUUCAGCUUCUGGACUAUUAUUGCCUUGUAAGGAGCAUAGAGAUCAUUGAAUCAUUGAUUGACCAUUUUUUUCUAUUUGUGCUUGUGUGACUGGAAUUCUCUGUUGUGCACCAACAUGUUGUAUAUAAAACCUCAAAAUAAAAUAAAAAUGUAUAUUGAUCAUC